AUGACGGUAUGGGUUUGGAAGAAUCCGGGAAACGCAACCGAAGGAUAUCUCGGGACGCUAUACAUGGGCAAUUGCGCGAGAACACGGAAGAUCAACGUCUGGAUACACUUGAUAAUCAACAUCAUCAGCACAUUACUUCUUAGCGCGAGCAACUACUGUAUGCAAGUUCUCAGCGCACCAAGUCGAAAAGAACUUGCCCGUGCACAUGCGCAAAGAUACUGGCUCCAGAUUGGCAUACCUAGUUUACGCAAUCUUCGGCACAUUGGCUGGGAUCGCGUGGUUCUUUGGGCUCUGUUGCUCCUUUCCUCUGCACCACUUCAUCUACUCUUCAACUCAGUCGUCUUCACCAGUCUCCAAGCCAACGAGUAUGUUGUCAUUCCGACUAUGGACGACUGGCUUCAUGGCGGAGUGUACAACACGUCUAGCUUUGUGGACAUAGAUGCGAAGCAGAGUGCGGACGUCAUAGACAAGAUGAGCCCCUACAGACCCAACCUCAACGACACAAUCACCCUGAGUACCAGUGGAACGAGGGAUCGGUACAAGAACAUCAGCACUGUGGACUGUUUUAACGCGUAUAACGACCAAUAUCUGUCGAGCGUUGGCCACGUAUACCUCGUUCAGGACGAUCCCGUGGUCUGGCGGAAUCGAUCCUGGUAUCCCGAAUUCAAACAAUACACAGAAUACCCCAAGACUACUCGCGCCACUGGGAACUUUACAUGGAUCAAUCUCAAUCAACCUCCUCCUUGGAAUGAAACGGUAAAUUCAACUCUGUGGGGCACACGCCCUUACACUGUUACGAAACCCCAUGACUACGACCUCAUUACCGGAUACCAUUCCACCUCAUAUGAGGAACGCAAUUACUCAACCACGGAAUGGGCUUACGCACCUGAUGGCAUGAAGGCAUUGGACUUACUUGAUGAAGCGUCCUACACACUUCCAUUCUUCAGCUUGCCGGACACCUACCCGUCUAAUGGGUGGCGGUGCUCCUCCCACGUUGCACACAACUGUAGUAUUGACAACCAGUUCGAAGUACCGCAGGACAGAUCCAAGUGGGAACCCUAUGGACGUCCGAUCAAGUAUUGCAUGGUUGAACAAGUUGAAGAAGUCUGCAGGUUGCGCUUCAGCUUUCCAAUCGCAAUAGCUGUCAUAAUUUCCAACAUUAUCAAGGCGCUAUGUGUGGCUUUUAUGCUUAUCAAAUAUAGAAACCACGAAGCUGUAGUCACGCUGGGAGAUGCGAUAGCACAUUAUCUUGAUCAACCUGAUACAGAGACACGCGGGCGGUGCUUGCAAACCAGAGAACUGCUGGAAACAGAAUGGUCCUGGGAAUCUGCCCACGGCAUCAGGAAAGACGAAACGGACAUCAAGCCCGUGAAAUUCAAGCCCGACAGUCACAGGUGGUCAAAGGCUCCACCCCCGGGAAGAUGGUUUCUCACAUACGUGGCAUAUAUCAUCACCAUCAUAUUGGGUGUCGUGUGCAGCAUACUCUCGCUCAAAGAUAUGCCCAGCAACGCCGGCAAACUAUGGAAAAUCGGAUUCGGCAUCAUCCAAAGCAACAACCUCCUCAGUUUCAGGCGCUCGCUCAUGGCCUCUGUACUUAUUGCAAAUAGUCCUCAGGCGGCACUCUCGUACCUGUACCUUGCCUUCAACGCGCUUUGCACAAGUAUGUUAAUUGCUAGGGAAUGGUCAACCUACACCCACAAGCGCAAGCCGCUCCGCGUUACUUCACCCGUCGGUCAACAGCGUAGCACGUAUUGGCUCAACGUCCCCUUUCGAUACGCUAUUCCUAUGACACUGGUAUCGCUCCUCUUCCACUGGCUGGCUUCGCAGAGUAUCUUCAUGGUUCACAUUAUGAUAACGGAUGCACAAACGCGCAAUAUAUCGGGCCAGAUUACGACCUGUGGGUAUUCGCCUAUGGCUAUUAUCUUAACUACUGCAAUUGGGUCUAUGAUCGCAGUAGGUGGGCUUGCGAUUGGAAAUCUGCGAUAUCCGGCUGGAAUACCCCUAGCGAGUAGUUGCUCGGCAGCUAUCAGUGCAGCUUGUCAUCCUCCAUCGAGUGACGUAGACGCAAGCUUGUAUCCUGUGCAGUGGGGCGUGGUUGCCUCGGAGAAACAAGACCCCGAUGGUGAAGAGCCGGUGGGUCAUUGUAGUUUCUCAAGCGGGCCAGUUGAAUAUCCAACUGCUGGGCGACUGUAUGCAUAG